UCUUCUGGAAGAAAAGUGGCACCACUUCCGGCCAACUUAAUGUUUAACAACGGACAACAACGGCUUGCUAAAUAAUUUUUUUUAUCAAAAUGAGUUUCUUUCGACAGAACGCUCCUUUAUUUAGCGCUGUGGGUGCCGGGGCGGUGCUGUGCUACAUGUAUUGGCGGAUGACAGCGAGAAUACUGCGAGAGUUGGAGAAUUUACACUUGCAGGAGUUGGAGAAUUUGAGGGGGGUGGUCCAACAGUUGCAAAAUAUUCAAUCACAGGAAUUAAAUAAUUCUUUGAAGAUUGAUCAGCUCCAUCAUAAGGUUGACCGGGUGAGUAAGCGUCGCCGGGGACCAGGGAGUGGCUUCUUCUCCAUAGCAACCAGCAGUGGGGAGGAGGAGGAUGACGUGUAUGAGGAGGCGUAUGGCGGGAGUGAUUUUGAUCCUCUACAAGAAAUUGCUCUACAAGAAGUUGAAGAUCAAAUAAUAGUUCCCACACAGGAACAGGACACAGAAAGUUCAGUUCAACAUCCAGGGACUGAACUCUUUGCAGCGGUGGAUCAACUGGUUGAGGGCACCGAUUUAGACAAGCAAAAGGCUUUUGAUUUACUUCAAAAUAAACAAGGCAAGUUUUCAAAUGACCCCGAGUAUUUCUGGCGGCUUUCAAAGUCCACCUACCAAGUUUCUCAGAUCAUCGGCGCUGAGGGUGACACAGAAAAGAAGAAAAAGUACAUGUACGAUGCUAACAGCUAUGCUGAGACUGCUUUGAAUCUUGAUGAAAGCUGUGCAAACGCUCAUAAAUGGUUUGCAAUCACCAUAGGCAGUGUUGGCGAGUUUGAGGGCACCCAACAAAAAAUACAAAACGGCUUCAAAUAUAAGGAGCACAUAGAGAAAGCCAUUGGUAUAAACCCCACAGAUCCAAGCAAUCAUUACCUUCUGGGCCGGUGGUGUUACAGUGUCUACAUGUUGUCCUGGAUUGAGAGGAAGGCGGCUGCCACAUUGUUUGCCACCCCACCCUCAGCGACCAUUGAUGAGACGCUCACUCAUUUUCUGAAGGCUGACGAGUUGAAACCAGGGGCAUGGAAAGACAACCAUUUAUUUGUGGCGAAGUGCUACAUAGAGAAAAGGAUGUACAAAGAAGCAGUGAAAUGGUUGGUCAAAGGGAAGCAAGUACCAACAGUCAGUGUGGAUGACAAGGCCGCCGAGACAGAGAUCGAUACUCUGCUGGUCAAAUACAACAGCUACUGAACGAUGUCAAAUACUCAAGGAUGGACACAAGUGCUAUAAGCUUUACAUGAUCUCAUUUUAGUCUCCGUCUGGGAAAACUAGGCAUCAUGCGUAUAUGUAAAAUAGUCUCCCAGAUUAGCCUGUGUAGUCUGCACAGGCUUAUCAGGACAGAUAUUUUCCACCUUAUCUGGUUAUUUGCUACAAAGAGACUUUUUUUGUACACAAUUUUUAUGUCCCCCACUAUAGUAGUGGGGGACAUAUUGUUUUUGCCCUGUCUGUUGGUCUGUUGGUUGGUUGGUUUGUGCCAACUUUAACAUUUGCAAUAACUUUUGCAAUAUUCAAGAUAGGAACUUGAUAUUUGGCAUGCAUAUGUAUCUCAUGGAGCUGCACAUUUUGAGUGGUGAAAGGUCAAGGUCAUCCUUCAAGGUCAAAGGUCAAAUAUAUGGGUCAAAAUCGCUCAUUUAAUGUACACUUUUGCAGUAUUUCAAUAUUGAAGAUAGCAACUUGAUAUUUGGCAUGCAUGUGUAUCUCAUGGAGCUGCACAAUUUGAGUGGUGAACGGUCAAGGUCAUCCUUCAAGGUCAGAUGUAAAAUAUAUGUGGCCAAAAUCGCUCAUUUUAUGAGUACUUUUGCAAUAUUGAAGACAGCAACUUGAUAUUUGGCAUGCAUUUGUAUCUUAUGGAGCUGCACAUUUUUAGUGGUGAAAGGUCAAGGUCAAGGUCAUCCUUCAAGGUCAAAUAUAUGGGUCAAAAUUGCUCAUGUAAUGUCACUUCUGCAAUAUUGAAGAUAGCAAUAUUAUAUUUGAAAUGCAUGUGUAUCUCAUGUAGCUGCACAUUUUGAGUGGUGAAGGGUCAAGGUCAAGGUCAUCCUACAAGGUCAAACAUCAUAUAGGGGGACAUUGUGUUUCACAAACACAUCUUGUUCAAAAAAGGAUUAUGUGUUGUCUCAGAUUAGCCUGUGAAGAAUGUACAGGCUAUUCUGGGAUGACACAACGCAUAUGCAUUAAGAUCAGGUUUCCCAGAAAGCGGCUCAACUGUUAUCAUUUGACGUUAUUGUUUAUUAAAUGUGCUCAGGUACAAAGGGUAGCAAGACCUAUGAAAUGCGUUGCAAGGCACGUCCAAAAUCUUGAAUGAAUAUCUAGGUCACAAUGAUAAGUAAAGCAAUACGAGGUUUUCUAACUAUUGCAAAUUCUUAAUGUACAGUGACGUAGUAUUCAUGCAAAAUUUAUAUACCAUUGGUGAAUAUUAACUCUGUCUGGAAAAUCUUGAUCUAAAAUGAAAAUGAAAAUUACCCAUUAAUUUUUAUGAAAAUUUAAUACAAUUAUUUUCAAGAUUUAAGUCUGUAAGUAUGUGUAUGUGAUUUAAUUUGAUUAAAUAUUUAUUAGAUAUGAUUUAACAACCACAUUUGAACAGAAAUUAUUAAACAUAAAUACAAAAAUGUGUGCUUUUGAUAUAUUUUCGCAUAAGAAUCAAAAUAAUUUUUUAUAGUUAGAUUGUGCAGUAUUAGUGAUUAACAUGUCUCAAAUGUAUUUUGUGUGAUCUAGUACGUAUAAUUAGAUAUAAGAGGAGAUUCUCCUAGAAGAUUUGAUGUGGAUGAAAGGUUCUUUGCAAAGAAACAGUACUGUUUGACACUUGAAUAUUGAUAUACCCAGAGCUCCAGAUAAGGAUUUAGUUGAAAGGGUAUGUAACCCCCUGAUAUUAUUGUUAAAGCGUAUUUUACUCCUUUGUUUCAGCCAUAAAGGGUACUUUAUAUUGAGGAAUAUUGAGGGAUAUUUUCUAUUUCCAUAGAUAACAUACAUAUUACAUGGCGUGUUAAAUCCAGAAAUAUUAUUAUUUGUUUUUUAUAUUAAUAAAUGCAAAGGAAAGACGUUAAAAUGGUGAUAUGAACAGACUUUCAUUAAAAUAUUCCCGCAGUAGCCGCUAGUCGCUUAAAACAUCCCCUUUUAACCACAAACAUGAUAGGCCGCCAUUUUGAUUACAAGCUUGUUUUGAUUGACUUACUUUUGAUUCAAAUGUUAACUUACACUAAAAACUCAACUGGAUUAUUGGUACAACCGGUUAUGCACUGUAAUUGAUACGUACCAAGAUUUGUAUUGCGUAAUGUUACGCAGCGGGCUGAUUUUUAAUGCGUUUUUUUUUUAAUUUUCCAAUGCGUAAAUAUGCAGAUAGGCAUCUUAUCUGGAGCUCUGGAUAUACCUGAGCCUCAUUCAAGGAAAACUGGGCUUUAUGCAUGUGUGUUAAUUGUAACCCCAGGCUAAUCUGGGAUGAUUCUUUACGCACAUCAGUUGCGCCUAGUGGCUCUUAUGUCUUUGCAAUUACUUUAUGAUCAAUUUUUUAUUUAUGUUGAAUGAAUAUCGCUGCAAUGGUAUGUUUUAUUGAGUGUUGUGCAUUUAAAACGCAGGUUGUCGGCCAUUUAUAAUAUUCACAUCUUUUUUGUCUGCUUUGUUGAGCUUCAUUUGUGUUUUGGAAAUGUCAUACAUGUGCCAUUAAAAGUACAUUGCCAUUAUCUUAUUGAAAUCACAGAGCUCUAGCUCUACGUGGUUGUAGUCACCGUUGUGACACAGCUCUACGUGGUUUUAGUCACUGUUGUUACAAAGCUCUACUGGGUUUAAGUCACCUGUGUUACAAAGCUCUAUUGGGUUUGAGUCACCUUUGUGACUGAUAUUUAUGGGGGUUGAGUCACCCGUGUACCCAAGGUCUAGUAUUGAUUUGUAAGAAGUCCUUGUUUUGUUCGCUUUUUUUGGGACCAAUUUCGGGAAAAAACUACUGCUUCAUGGAUGACAUUCCUGAUUUUCUGUUGCUAAUCAAAACACAUUUGAGACAUAAAUUCUAUUUGUUUGAAACAUUUUUUGCAUGCAAUCAAGUCAAUGUCUGGAUAAAGCCCUUGCUGGACUUCAUCAAAGUUGUGAAAAGAUCAACAAAUCAAGAUAACUCCGGCUCACAAUAAAUAUUUGAAGCCUGUUUAAUUAUAACUACAUUUUAUUUAAAACUAUUUGAGUGAUCCUGAAUUGUAUUUGAUUAACUACUGCAUGUAUAUGAUAAGUUUUUUUUGUUAAUUAUACAAAUCAGAUAUUGAGUUAUGUACUGUUUAUUUAUUGUUUUUUAGAGAUUAUGAAUGUUCAAAUUUAUCAGGUCUAGAGGAUAAACUAUUUUUGUAUUGAUGCUGUUCAUGUUUAAAUGUUCCCGUUUACUGUUAUUGAACAAACAUGCAUACAUGAAUUGAUUGUACAAGUGUAUCAUUUGUCAAUUGCAAUAUGUGUUUAUUGGCAUCAGGAAAUAUAGAAUUUAUGCGAUGAAACAAAUGGCAAAAUUCAAGCAUAGCUGUAUUCAUAUGAAUUCAAAGAUUCUGGAUUUAUUUUAACUUUGUCAUUUAAAAUAGAGGAACGAUGAAUGAAAGUGUAAAA